GAGCAGUGUGAAGAACUUCGAAAGGAGCUUCUGGAUUCGGGCGAUAAGCUGCUUGUGCACUGCUUUGGUGGUGACGAUUUCUACGCAACUGCUUGCAACAAUAAAUACAUUCAGGAUUGGGCGAAAAGCAUGCAAAACAAUAAAGUCAUGAUCAAGAUACCAAUGGAAUUUCCACUGACCAGUGAAGCAGUUCUUUCAAUCCCAAAAUUCGGCCUUGGCAGAAAUGUUCUUGGCGUGAUUUACAUGCAACUUCGUGAAAUGGUAGGUUUUUCUGAAAAUAUUGUAUUUGCUAAGAAAAUAUGCAAUAUUUUAGGUAGUGAAUGA